AUGUCUCUACAAGACGUCGUAGUUAUUUGGCUCGAUGGAACAUUUGAAGGAGACAACUAUCAAAAAAUGAAAGAUGAAUUUAAUCAAAAAAUUGGUUCGACAGCUGCAUCGACAUCUUCUAAUGAUAUUGAUAGUUUGAUUUGUAAGGAAACCAAAGAAGAUCUUAUAACAAAUGGUGCUCCAGUUAUUACUGUUUCAACAUCAGAAGAAGCAUUUCGAGAAAUUGAAAAUCAUUCUGAAGCAAAAAUUUUCUUCAUUUCAUCCGGUAGUUUAGGUAAAGAUAUGGUGCCAAAAAUUGUACGUCAAUAUCCUCUUAUGCAUUCAUUUUAUAUUUUUUGUUUUAAAAUGACUAAACAUGCUGAUUGGGCAUUAGACUAUACUAAUUGUCUUCAAAUGUUCGAUCAUCCAAUUGAUUUAUUAGUUCGACUUAUGCGUGAUAUUUCGACAUACUUCAUUGAACAAGGAAAAUUAUAUUUGGAAGUUAAUGAUCCACAUAAUGCAUUAAAAUAUUUUAAACAUGCUUGGAAUCUUGAAACACGCGCAAAUGAAAAAGAUAAGGUGCCACCAAACACAAAAAACAAAGAAAAACAUGUUGUUCAACGAGAUUAUCGCAUUCGUCUCGAUUUAUUGGAAGGCAACAAUGGACUUAUUCGUCGAGCUGAAAUGGCUUUAGACAAAUAA